CUUUGACUGUGCUGUAAUAAUAGGAUGGGGAAAUGAAAUUGCAAAUAUGGACUGCAAACCAAUAACCAAAGUUAACUACAUGUUGCUAAUUAAUGACCUAAAUUGAUCCCAUUCAGGGAAUUCCAAACUCGCAUGCCGUAAAGUUUACAGUGACCGAAUUUCUUCAUUUAAUAGCCUCGCCUAAAAAAAACACAACAAAUAUGGCCGCCAUGUUGUUUUUCAUUCAGAACAGAAAAAUUUGAUACCAUUUUCCAUGGAAACUCUUAGCUGGCAAUGUAUGAAGGGAAAAAUAUACAUUACGCACAGUCAGCAGAUCAGAAGCCAUUAUGUUCAUUCAGUGGGAAAAUAUGUAAUCAACGUCGACUGAACCACUAUGGAUUCUGUGUACGACAUAUUCUUGAGGAUCCAACUGCACCGUUUAAAAGAUGUGGCUAUGUUGCAAAGUCAAGUAGACAGACUUGCACACAACCAAUACCAAAAAAUGAAGAGAGAGAGUACUGUAACAACCAUAUGCAGGUGCUUGGCAUGUUGCCAAAGAAAGAGCGAAAACCAAAGAAAGAAAAAGAAAGACAUGGUUCAUUGUCAAACCAGUUUCAUCUCGGAGGUGCUAAAUCAGACCCGGGUCUUCUUCAGAAUAAAAUCAGACCUAGGCUUACUGUUGGAGGCAUUAAGUCAAAGCUGAUGCCAAAUAAAUUAUCAUCGGGUGGGGAAGACAUGGAGGAUGUUUAUGCAUUUCCUACUGAUAGUACAGAAAAGAAGGUGAAAGAACUAACAGCUGUGAUUUCUAAUGUUACGUUACCGAAUGUGUCGGUAUCAGUAACGGUUUCCCCGAUGAACACACUAGGUGCUACUGUAUCUAAAUCUCCAGUUGAUGCUGGUCAAUCUUCAUUGGCUAAGAUUUACCCGGAACUUGCCGAAAAGUUGGAGAAAAUAAAACCGAAAAUGGAAACUAAAACCAAAGGAAAGGUUAAAAGUUCACGAACUAUGAAUAGCUUACAAACAAAAAUUGCGCAGAACAAAAUUAAAGAUAAAUUGAAAAGAAAUCAGUGUUCAUCUAACAACUCUUCCCAGUCACAGUCACCUAGCCACAGUUACACAAGUUCACCUGGGUAUCAGAUAAACUCGAGUUCUCCAAAUCACCCACAGACAGCUAACUCUCCAGCUAAUUCAGCACCGCCAAAUGUAACAGUAGUGCGAGAUGGAAUUAAUUCUGUUGUUGAUGUAUCGGCAGCAUUGGGGGCUGCAAGUGCUGUGAAUGUAGCUCCUGUACCUAGUCUUUCACAUUUAAACCUUUUAAAUGGUUUGAAUUUACAGACAUUGAAUAUGAGCCUAGAGCAGUUGGGUUUACCAGUUCCAACUGUAAGUGACAUUGAACAAACACUUAAACAGCUGGCCUCGGCAGCAAAUAUACCUCUUGAAGGUAAUCAAAUGUUUAGUAAUGAGACUGGCCUUUCAGCAGGCGUUCCUGAGCCACAGGUCGGGACCGUGUUACACCCUGCACCAGAGUUACAACAUUUACUUCCACAGACUUUCACACCUCAGUCUAGACCACCUCCACCUUACUCUAGUGUUCAUCAUAAACCAUCAUCUGAGGUGCUUCAGACUGUGUCAGUCUCAAAUGUAUCAAAUACUGUAACACAAACCGGACAGGUGAUUAGGCAGGGUGUGAAAAGUGAGUUCAUUACUGGACAUCAAAUAAGACCAGUAACAUCAACACCACAAUCAUCAUCAUCAUCGUCAUCUGCAUCACAAGUGGUAAAUGUUCCUUUAGUGACGAGACAGUUUUUACCAAAUGCUUCACCAAGUGGAGUGAAGGUUGUGCCAACUUCGACAACAGCAUUAUUGUCAUCAUCUACAACUUCAUCAUUAGCAGCACCUUUAUCAUCACCUUUACUACAUUUUCCAGGACAACCAAAACUUACAUUACUUACAACUUCACAGACACCCACAAGUGUUUCAUCGAAAGUUACAGAAUCUGCCAAGCAGAGUCUGAACUUUGCUGGUUUCCAGCAACCGAAAACAAAAGUGACAAAAUCUAGACCAAGAUCUCGUAAUCCUUCGUCAACAUCUAAACGUCCAGUUCCAUUAUUCUCUCUACCAAUGACUUUAGUAAAACCAAGAAAAAUACGAAAACUUUUAGAUGAUGAAGAUGUUAAAAAGUUGAAAACAAAAAGUGCUAUAGAAUACUACAAUAUGAACAAACAGAAGAAAAUUGAUCAACACAGUAUGAUUUGUUCAAGUGUAGCAAGCUCCGACGAGAGUGAUCUUUCUGACUGUGAUAUGUUACCAUGGCAACCAGACUGGUUCCUAGCCUCAUCAGAUGAGGAAAUAGUGGAGGAUGAAGAAGACAGUGAUGACGGUUUAAGAACGGCAAAACUUGCACUGGGCCGAGCCAGAUUACGAAGACAGUGUUCUCAAGCAAGGCGGUCAAGCCUUAUGAAUAAAAACACAAAUGUGACAACAUCAAGUCUCAUAACUGCAGUGCGAGAAUCACAAAAAUCAACUGUUAAAUGUUUACAAGAGAUCAAAUGCACUAAAUCUAAAUCCCCAGAAAGAUUAAAAAGUAAAGGUUUAGUUAAGAGAAGAUGUCUGUACCGGGAUGACAACGAAUUGCAAUGUAAACACAGUGUUGUGCCAUACACAAAUCAUUGUAUUAAACAUGUUAUGUACAAUGUGGAUCAGCAGUUGUUUGAGUACUGUACAGCAAAGUUUGCUGAUAACACUCAGUGCUGUCAUCCUGUGAUAGAUGUCAAACAUGAACUACCACUGUGUAUGGAACAUGGUGUGAAAGCUGACAACUUCUUGAAAGCCCAGGAUUUGGAGCCAAAACCAAAACGACCUAGAAAGAAGACAAAGCCCUCGGCAUUGACCAGACCUCCAAAGAAGGGCAAAAAGAAGAGAAAUCAAAGGAAAAGUGUCCGUCCACAGAAACCUUUACCUCCUGAUUCUGAAGAUCAAGAAGCCAUGGAGAGUGAUACUGAGGAAGUAUCUUCUCAACCUCUCUCAGAAAUGAAUGCAGACUCAGAUUCAGAUAAGGGAGAAUCUCAAUCCUCAAGCACUGAUGUAAAUGAGAAACCAGUUUUACCACAGGCUGAAGUGACUGAGCCAGAACCGGUUGCCAGCAGACCAUCUUCAAUGGUUGUCAAGGAUGGAGUGAAACCGGGCACCAGUGUUUUAAAGGAAAAGAUGAAGUUAGCAUCUACAGGUCAGCUGGAGGAAUUGGACAAUUUCACUUCAUUAUCAGAGUUGGAAAAUGUGAAGAUGUUUGGAGAUUUAGAGACAACAGCUUCUAAGCUUCUAGAGGAGAAUGACUUCCAGGAAGUGUUAAGUAGACUGCCUGAUGUUGCAUUUGACAUAUUUAAUAGUAAAAGCAGUGGUCUACCAGGCACAGAUGAGCUUCAGGACUUCGAGGAUUCUUUGGCUUUGGCUAAUAGGGAGCUGAAAAUGACAAAGGACACUCAGGAGUCUGUAGUCUCCACCGCCAAACCACCACCAACCUCUAGACAGCCUGUUCAAGCACAAACACCAUUAGCACAACAUGUUCCUGUAGCUCCUCGGAUAAGCCAGCCUCAGGCACCUGUGGCCCCUAUUUUAGAGGACAGCGAUGAUUUUACACGACAGAUAGCUGAAGAGAUAAUGAAGCAGAAUAUAGGACCUAGUAUGAGUAUGGGGGAAUCUCUGUGUAACGGUGAUGCUGAGGAAAGUAUUAAAGCUAUUGCUAGAAGUCUUUCCAACUCCGGUAUGAUGCUUGCUGCAGAAGCUAAACACAAAUCUCAUUCUCAGGAAGUGUUUACUUCAAACCAGUCCAGCCAAAGUCUUUCACAUGCACAAUCUCUACCUGUUUACAGUAAUUUAGACUCAGUGUACUAUCCGCCUAAUGUUGCCCUUCAGAACAUACAAGUGUCAAGCAGUCAGCAAGCCACUGGACUUGUGCCUACUUGUGUUAUGUCUAAAACUCAAGGUCAGGUUGCCCAAGGUCAGGUUUCAUAUGCUGGACAAAUGUCUAGUAAUUUAGUCCCACAGAAUGUUACAGUGACACCACAAGGUAUUAUCACAUCUCAUGUGGGAUCAGCACGACUUGGUCCAGGUUCACAAACAGUUACCAUUGGCAAUACGACAGUUACAGGGAACCAGACUGCAGGUAUAAUAACACUUCCAGUCCAACAGCAGUUGACAGCACAACAGUUGUCAGCCCUUGUUCAACAGGCAACAGCACAUCUUCCUCCUUUACCUCCUUAUACCCCUCGCCAACAGACUUCGGCACCUGUGUCAACCACAACUCAACCCUCUCAGCCUGUGUCAGCACCAAACCCGAAACCGCUGAGCCAGGAACAGUUGAUCCAACACUUAGCAAAGCAGCAGGAGCAGUUAGGAGAACAGCAGCAGCUUCUAGCUCAGCAGAUCUUACAGCAGCGUCUAGCAGUACUCACUCAGCAUCCUAUGCCAGUGAAGGUUACACUUCCCUCUACUCAGAACCUAGGUUUUUCUACAAUACUACAUCAGGGACCUGUCGCUCAACUUGGUAGACUGAAUCAGGGAGUUAUUCAUGCAAUACCGAAUGUUGGACAAAUAGCACAAAUGAUCAAAACAACUUUACCUACCUCACAGAAAAUAAGUGCUCCAGCAAGCUUACCUACUACAAAUAUAGUAUGGACGUCACCCCCAAAUGUGACUAUUACCAGUCCUAACGGUUUACCAAGAACUGUUGCGCAGACUUUUGUUUCUGGUGCAAAAGCAACAACAACAAACCCAAAAGGUAAAGCAAGUACCCUAAAUGAAACAUUUAUUGAUUUGACAGAGUCUAAUGAUCCUCCACCAUAUGAAGCGACAAUAACGUCACAAGGGAAAACACAACCUCCACCCAGCUACCCAACACAAACCAGCUCUAACACAGUUGUCACUGGAAAGUCUUGACAGUAACUGAACUAUAGCUGUUCAUGAUUACACUUUUCUUUCAAUUUUUAGCUACACUUCAAAGAAUAGGUUGAGCUAUUGCACUCAUGUUUGUCUGUAUUGAAAAAAAUUGUAUAUACAUGUAAGCUAGGUUUUUUUUAAUAACCACUUCUGGGAAACAUUGAAACUUCACGCACUUGUUCACUGUCUCUAUUUUGCUUUCCUACAAAAUUCCAACCUCUCUCCAACUGGGCAAUUUUGGGUUAAGUUCUUGUAUGUAAGCUGGUAUACCAAUAUCCACUUGUGGGAAUAGAUUGAAACUUCACACACUUGUCCACUGUUGUGAUGUGACAUGCAGUACACAGAUUCAUGUUUUGCAUUUUUACAAAGCUAUGCCCCUUUCUUUACAAGCUAUGCCCCUUUCUUGACUGGUUUUCAUUCAUUUAACUUGAUUCAGUGACAAGGCUUUUGAAUAGCCGAGCAUUGCUGUCCUCUGACUGCUUUUGUUUUAAAUAUUGUUCUUUUUUAACCAGAUUUAAACCAGAACUGCAUUAUUUAUUGAUGGGACCAAGUUCAAUCAUUUUAAAAUAAUAUCGUAAUUUUGAUAAAUAGAAAAUUAACAGGUCUUCAGUAUUAUUGUUACAGUUUCUGUACAGUAUAAAAGUAUAAAAUAUUUAAUUUUGGUUAUAUCAGGCCUUAGCAAAUGGAUUAAGUAGCUUUAAAAAUCAUUAUUUUGAUGGCGAACAUGAAUUAUGGCUUUAAUCAAAGAUAUAAUUCUACCAAUAAGAGAAAAGUAUUGCUAUACAUAGUUUAACUUAAGGUUAAUGUACAGACUAAGUCUUUCUGAAACAAUGCAUUUGAUCAAAAGUUUUCUUGCAGGUCAAGAAAUUUUAGUUAAUAUGUAUCAGAUACAUGCAAUAUUAAAUACAGUUUGUUCAUGUUUAUCAUAUCACUAUACAAAUAGAGUAUCUGUUGAGUGUAUUUCACGCAGUUAUUUGUCACUAAAAUUUAGGUCAGAUUUGCACCAUGGCAAUGAUGUUGAGUUGUAUUAAGUUAACUUAAGUAUUGUAAUUGAGUGUUAGUAUACCAUUGUUGGUAAUUGUUUGUAAAGAACCAUUUAAAGUGAGAAUGAAUCCAUGCCAUAUUUGUAAAAGUUUAUUUUUCUAUGUUCAAGAAUUGACCUUUGUGUCCAUUUAACAGACUAGUAUGAAUGAGCUUCUUUGAUAAAUGGGAAGAUGAUUGAAAUAUAGCCACAGUCUUUUUUUACUUAAGAAAGUUUGAAAGGCAUCUAACAUCUGUUGAAGGGUGUUGGUUUUUGAGUAAAAUUCAAUGGGCAAAAAGAUAAUUUGCUAACACUUCCACUUAUGUGACUUCCAAAAAAUUAUUGUCCCACAAAGACAACCACACCCUGAACAAGAUUUUUUAUGUCACUGACUAUUGCACACAAAAAAAUCCUCUCCUAAAAUUCUAAGAGCCUUUAAAUCCAGAAUGAUUUGAUUUUGUAGCGCACCUGGUCAGCCCAUUAGGUAGAGUUCAUGACUACAAAAAUUAAAGUUAGUAGCUCAAGUUCUAUUCUUGGAUAGUUAAAAGUUCAGAUUCAGCACUUGCUCAUCCAUUUUAAGUUUUGUUGGAAAGUUUUUUUGUUUUUGUUUUACAUACAACUACUUAGUUCUGGAGAGGAAUCUAAGGAGCCUUGUAUAGGUCAAAUUGGCUACUGUAUUUCUUAAUCAAAAUACAUACACUUUUGGGGAAAAAAUGGCUUUAAAAUCAUAUCAAACAAACUCACAUUGUAGCUGUAAUGUUAGAAUCUGAAUUCAACAUUCAAUUUGCUACUGUAUUUUUACUAGUAUGUCCUUAAAUAUUGUUUUUGUACACCUUUAUAUAAUGCCAACUACUCCUGAUUGUUGUCACAUAGAAUAUCUGAACAGGGUCUAUUCAUAGAUAAUUUAGCUGUUAUUAUUUGGGUAUUUUUAGCUCACCUGUCACAAAGUGACAAGGUGAGCUUUUGUGAUCACGCAGCGUCCGUCGUCUGUUCCGUCCGUCCGUGCGUAAACUUUUGCUUGUGACCACUCUAGAGGUCACAUUUUUCAUGGGAUCUUUAUGAAAAUUGGUCAGAAUGUUCUUCUUGAUGAUAUCUAGGUCAAGUUCGAAACUGGGUCACGUGCGGUCAAAAACUAGGUCAGUAGGUCUAAAAAUAGAAAAACCUUGUGACCUCUCUAGAGGCCAUAUAUUUCACAAGAUCUUCAUGAAAGUUGGUCAGAAUGUUCACCUCGAUGAUAUCUAGGUCAAGUUCGAAACUGGGUCACGUGGCUUCUAAAACUAGGUCAGUAGGUCAAAUAAUAGAAAAACCUUGUGACCUCUCUAAAGGCCAUAUUUUUCAUGGGAUCUGUAUGAAAGUUGGUCUGAAUGUUCAUCUUGAUGAUAUCUAGGUCAAGUUCGAAAGUGGGUCACGUGCCUUCAAAAAGUAGGUCAGUAGGUCUAAAAAUAGAAAAACCUUGUGACCUCUCUAGAGGCCACACUUGUGAAUGGAUCUUCAUAAAAAUUGGUCAGAAUGUUCACAUUGAUGAUAUCUAGGUCAAGUUCGAAACUGGGUCACGUGCGGUCAAAAACUAGGUCAGUAGGUCUAAAAAUAGGAAAACCUUGUGACCUCUCUAGAGGCCAUAUAUUUCAUGAGAUCUUCAUGAAAAUUGGUCAGAAUGUUCACCUUGAUGAUAUCUAGGUUAAGUUCGAAAGUGGGUCACGUGCCAUAAAAAAACUAGGUCAAUAGGUCAAAUAAUAGAAAAACCUUGUGACCUCUCUAGAGGCCAUAUUUUUCAUGGGAUCUGUAUAAAAGUUGGUCUGAAUGUUCAUCUUGAUGAUAUCUAGGUCAAGUUCGAAACAGGGUCAUGUGCGAUCAAAAACUAGGUCAGUAGUUCUAAAAAUAGAAAAACCUUGUGACCUCUCUAGAGGCCAUACAUGUGAAUGGAUCUCCAUAAAAAUUGGUCAGAAUGUUCAUCUUGAUGAUAUCUAGGUCAAGUUCGAAAGUGGGUCACGUGCCUUCAAAAAGUAGGUCAGUAGGUCAAAUAAUGAAAAAACGUUGUGACCUCUCUAGAGGCCAUAUUUUUCAUGGGAUCUGUAUGAAAGUUGGUCUGAAUGUUUAUCUUGAUGGUAUAUAGGUCAAGUUUGAAACUGGGUCAACUGUGAUCAAAAACUAGGUCAGUAGGUCUUAAAAUAGAAAAACCUUGUGACCUCACUAGAGGCCAUACCCUUGAAUGGAUCUUCAUGAAACUUGGUCAGAAUGUUCACCUUGAUGAUAUCUGGGUCAAGUUUGAAACUGGGUCACGUGCCUUUAAAAAUGAGGUCAGUAGGUCAAAUAAUAAAAAAAACCUUGUGACCUCUCUAGAGGCCAUACUUUUCAUGGAAUCUGUAUGAAAGUUGGUCUGAGUGUUCAUCUUGAUGAUAUCUAGGUCAGGUUUGAAACUGGGUUAACUGCGGUCAAAGACUAGGUCAGUAGGUCUCAAAUUAGAAAAAUCUUUUGAGCUUUCAAGAGGCCAUAUUUUUCAUUGGAUCUUCAUGAAAAUUGAUCUGAAUGUUCACCUUGAUGAUAUCUAGGUCAGUUUCAAAACUGGGUCACGUGCGGUCAAAAACUAGGCCAGUAGGUAUAAAAAUAGAAAAACCUUGUGACCUCUCUAGAGGCCAUAUUUUCAUGAGAUCUUCAUGAAAAUUACUGAGAAUGUUCACCUUGAUGAUAUCUAGUUAUAGUUCAAACAGGGUCAUGUACCUUCGAAAACUAGGUCAAUAGGUCAAAUAAUACAAAAACCAUGUGACCUCUCUAGAGACCAUAUUUUUCAAUAGAUCUUCAUGAAAAUUGGUCAGAAUUUUUAUCUUGAUAAUAUCUAGGUCAAGUUCAAAACUGGGUCACUAUGUCAAAUAAUAGAAAAAACGACGUCAUUCUCAAAACUGGGUCAUGUGGGAACAGGUGAGCGAUUCAGAACCAUCAUGGUCCUCUUGUUGUGUCUGUUACAGUUUACUUGCUGCAUGUGGUGUGCAGUUUGUGUGUUAAAGUGAUACUAACAAUUUGUAUGUCAAAUAUCCUGUUAUUCAGAGUGUCAGUUUUAAAUUAUAUUUCACAACAUGCUUUCUGUUACUAUGCCACUAGUGUUUAGGUAGUCAUAGGUGAAAUGUCAGUAUCACAGUGACCUUGAGAUUGAAAAGAUUUUACUCGAUAACUAAAGAUCAGUUUGGCUUACAGUCCACAACCUUCAUAGGAUGAUUGCCUGUGGUUAGAUUGCCCAUUUUGUUGGGGGGUCAAUAGGUCAAAGUCAUGAUGAUCUUGAUACUGAAAAUGAAAAUUGCUAACAUGUGAGGCAUGUGUUUUACAAACAGCUGUUAAAUCAAAUGUUGAAAAUGAGGCAGUAUGUAGACUUGUGCUCUUCCUGAUCAACUGAAAUGUAUUUGUCAUUGAAAUGGUUUACAUAAUUGAAAGAUAUAUUGGUAGAAGCUUUCAAGAAAAUUGAAAAUCAGAUUUUUGUUAAACAUCAGAUAUUCAGACUUCUAACUUAAUAGUGUGUCUGUCAUUAUUAUUCCUGUUUAGUGACAAUUUUUUGGGUAAAAUUAGCAUUAGAUUCAGGCCUUGAAACAAACUAUCAGAAAGAUUUUGUAACACAUCAUUAUUCUGUGUUACAGAUACGAGUACAGCUACCUGUAUCUAAUUCAGUUAAUUUACUCAGGUUUUGGUACAUUUAUAUAGUUAUACCCCCACCAAACAUGUUUGAGGGGGGUAUAUAGGAGUCAGUUUUGUCGCGUCCCGUCCCGUCGCGUCCCGAAAUCUAUUAUCUCAGUUAUUACCAAAUGGAUUUGAUUCAAACUUAAAAUACAUGUUCCACCUUAUCACCCACGUCAUGUGACACAAGGUGCAUAACUCUUGACACCAAGUUUUCAUGAAUUAUGUCCCCUUUUACUUAGAAUUUAAGGUUAAUUUUGUUGUAUUUUCACUAUAUCUCAGUUAUUACUAAAUGGAUUUGAUUCAAACUUAAAAUAGAUGUUCCACCUCAUCACCCACAUCAUGUGACACAAGGUGCAUAACUCUGACACCAUUUUUUUUAUGAAUUAUGCCCCUUUUUACUUAGAAUUUAAAGUUGAUUUUGAUGUAUUUUCACUAUAUCUCAGUUACUACUGAAUGGAUUUGAUUCAAACUUAAAAUAGAUGUUCCACCACAUCACCCACAUCAUGUGACACAAGGUGCAUAACUCUGACACCCAAGUUUUCAUGAAUUAUGUCCCCUUUUACUUAGAAUUUAAGGUUAAUUUUGUUGUAUUUUUACUAUAUCUCAGUUAUUACUAAAUGGAUUUGAUUAAAACUUAAAAUAGUUGUUCCACCUCAUCACCCAGAUGAUGUGACAUAAGGUGCUUAACUCUGACAUAAUUUUUUUUAUGAAUUAUGUCCCCUUUUACUUUAAAUUUAAGGUUGAUUUUGAUGUAUUUUCACUAUAUCUCAAUUAUUACAAAAUGGAUUUGAUUCAAACUUAAAAUAGAUGUUCCACCUCAUCAUCCACAUCAUGUGACACAAGGUGCAUAACUCUGACACCAAUUUUUCAUGAAUUAUGUCCCUUUUUACUUAGAAUUUAAGGUUAAUUUUGAUGUAUUUUCACUGUAUCUCAGUUACUACUGAAUGGAUUUGAUUCAGACUUAAAAUAGAUGUUCCACCUCAUCACCCACAUCAUGUGACACAAGGUGCAUAACUCUGACACUAAUUUUUCUUGAAUUGUGUCCCCUUUUACCUAGAAUUUAAGGUUAAUUUUGAUGUAUUUUCACUAUAUCUCAUUCUGAUUGGCUUAGAGCCAAAGGGAAGUAACCUUUUUUUAACGUUUGUACUGAGUUUCUUCCACUUAAAUUCCAGGAAUUAGUCUAUUUUUAGAAAUCCUAUUUUUAGAUUUUCAACAUUUUAGGUAUUUUUCUAACUUUUUUAUUAUAAGUCCUAUGUAAAAAGUAAAAACAUUUUUCUGUGGUAACAUGGGUUGGUAAGACCAUUUUUUGAAUUCACUUUUAGUGUAUCUCGAAUAUUAAGAGAUUUAAUAUAUUUACUAGUAUUACUAAACUAGUAUUAUACUAGUGUUACUUAUAUGUGGAAGCCCAGGAUGAAGUACUCUAAAGUAUUUUUAAGAUUUCUUAUGAUUGCCAUUCUUCUGUGACAAGACCGUAUGGUGGGGGUAUGAGUCACUCCUGUGACAGUUCUAGUUAUUGUUAUUUUGAAACAUUGUAUAUAUUUUCAAUUAUACAUCUCACAUUGGUUGUUUAUUUUUCAAAAAAUAUUUAUUUGUUAAUGAAGAACAAAAUUGCUGUAUAUAAUUGAUAUGGUGUUAUAUUAUCUGACACUUCUAACAUAUUUAUUUAAGUUUUUUCAUACUUAAAAUUGAUUUGUUACACUCAUUACCUUGCUGCCUAAGCAAAUGUAACAUUUUGCUUUUAAAGAUCUUAAACAAUAAUCUCAAAUCAUGUGUAAAAAUAAAUUACAAAUUAAGUUUGUUUACUAAUGGUGCUUUUACCUGUAAGUGCUGUCAGGUGUAAGAUGUUCUUGUGAUUGUAUAUUUAAUAGUAAUUUCAGAAUUAUGCAUAAAUAAUAAACAUAUAAUAAACUUAGAGAAAUGGGGAAUCUGUCUGAAGUAGUGUAAAAUCCUGCAGAUUUUUUCGUGUCUGGUGUUUUCUUCAUGUAUCUGUAUUGCCUGUAAGUCAUUUUUAGACCUUGCAAGCAAAGUAUGAAGGAGUUACUUUUUCAAAUUUUAGGUGUAUUUUUUUGUGGACUUGGAAAAACAAAAUAUAGAUUUCUUGUGGACUUAUUUCCCUUUGUUAAUCCCCCGCCGUGGUGGAGGGAUUAUAGGAAUGGUCUCCGUCCGUCUUUCCGUCCGUAACAAAAUCGUGUCCGGUCCAUAUCUCCUAAACCCCUUGAAGGAUUUUCAUGAAACUUGGGUCAAAUGAUCACCUCAUCAAGACGAUGUGCAGAACCCAUGAGUCAGCCUUGUCGGUUCAAGGUCAAGGUCACAACUCAAGGUCAAAGGUUUGAGCCUGCCAUUUUGUGUCCGCUCUGUAUCUCCUAAACCCUUGGAAGGAAUUUUAUAAAACUUGGGUCAAAUGGUCACCCCAUCAAGACGAUGUGCAGAACCCAUGAGUCAGCCAUGCCGGCUCAAGGUCAAGGUCACAACUCAAGGUCAAAGGUUUGAGCCUUCCAUUUUGUGUCCGCUCUAUAUCUCUUAAACCCCUUGAAGGAAUUUUAUAAAACUUGGGUCAAAUGAUCACCUCAUCAAGACGAUGUGCAGAACCCACGAGUCAGUCAUGCCGGCUCAAGGUCAAGGUCACAACUUGGGGUCAAAGGUUUGAGCCUUCCAUUUUGUGUCCGCUCUAUAUCUCCUAAACCCCUUGAAGGAUUUUCAUCAAACUUGGGUCAAACGAUCACCUCAUCAAGGCGAUGUGCAGAACUUAUGAGUCAGCUAUGUCGGCUCAAGGUCAAGGUCACAACUGAAGGUCAAAGGUUUGAGCCUUCCAUUUCGUGUACGCUUAUAUCUCCUAAACCCC